AGUGUUGACUGUCUCUUUAAGGGGGGUUGUCGCGUGAACAGAGUGUCGGUUUAUAUCUCAGACUCCUCCUCCUUCAUUCUGAUGAGGGUGUUUCUUCCUUCUGCCCCAGUCCACUUCUAUCAUCCAGGGAUACAAAUGUUUCUUUAUCCACAUUCGAGUCUGUCACCGGAGCUGAAUUAUAAAUAUUAAACACACAGUCGGGACCCGUUCGUGCGCCUUCAAUCAAACCAUGGGAUUGACACGCUGACACGGAGAGAUUUGAGCGUUUGGAAGAGAAACUCGGAAGGACUGAAACUUUGUAUCCACACCUUUGUUUCGCGAAACUUUUUUCUUGCAUGUCUUUAAGUUCUGUGCAGGACUAUCGGAAGAUUCCAGGCACGCGAAUGGAUAUCAAAUGAUGCCCGUGGACUGUUUUGGAGGUUUAUUUCAGUGCGGUUUUGUAGGAAGAAAACCCCAUUCCACAACCCACAGGCUUCUGAUCUGAUCAUGGGAAAACUGGGAACGUCUUGUUGUUUCUAGCCUCGGCACAAUCGCGCUUGUAAGAUUUGGGGUUAGUUCGGAUUACAGCUCUCGCUGAGAGAAGAAAGUUUCGUUUUAAUCAGACUUUUGGGGUUUUAAAGUGCCAACAUGCCUCAGUUAAACGGCGGAGGAGGCGAUGACCUGGGAGCAAACGAUGAACUUAUUUCCUUUAAAGAUGAGGGUGAGCAAGAGGAGAAAAUAUCAGAGAAUGUGUCGUCGGAGAGAGAUCUGGACGAGGUGAAAUCUUCCCUAGUAAACGAGUCCGAGAACAACAGCAGCUCAUCAGACUCCGAACAAACAGACAGGCGUCCUCGACUCAGACCAGAACUAGAAAGUUACGAGAAACAGAGAGAAUACUUUGCGGAAGCUUUGAGACGACAACAAGAUGGAGGAUUUUUCAAGGGACCCACUUAUGCUGGUUAUCCGUUUCUUAUGAUCCCAGAUAUUACGAAUCCAUACCUCUCCAAUGGAUCGCUAUCUCCCAGCACACGAACGUAUCUGCAAAUGAAAUGGCCGCUUCUUGAUGUUCCCGGGACGGCAGCCCUUAAAGACUCCAGAUCACCAACGCCAGGGCACUUAUCCAAUAAGGUUCCAGUUGUACAACACCCCCAUCAUGUUCAUCCCCUUACGCCGCUGAUCACCUACAGCAAUGAACACUUCUCCCCUGGAACGCCUCCCUCUCACCUCUCGCCGGAAAUUCUUGACCCAAAGACAGGCAUACCAAGGACCCCUCACCCUUCAGAGCUGUCCCCAUAUUACCCUCUCUCUCCUGGGGCAGUUGGACAGAUCCCUCACCCUCUAGGAUGGCUGGUUCCUCAGCAAGGCCAACAUAUGUACUCCAUUCCUCCUGGGGGCUUCAGACACCCCUACCCUGCACUCGCCAUGAACGCCUCCAUGUCUAGUCUGGUAUCCAGUCGUUUCUCUCCUCACAUGGUGCCUCAUCCUCCUCAUGGCCUGCACCAGACGGGCAUCCCUCAUCCCGCCAUUGUGUCGCCUGCCAUCAAACAGGAGCCCAGUGCCGACCAUGGCAGCAACUCGACACACGGAAAGCCCUCGGUACCUGUGAAGAAAGAGGAAGAGAAGAAACCUCACAUCAAGAAGCCCCUAAAUGCCUUUAUGCUCUACAUGAAGGAAAUGAGGGCCAAAGUAGUGGCCGAAUGCACCCUGAAAGAGAGCGCAGCCAUCAACCAGAUCCUAGGCAGGAGGUGGCACUCUCUUUCACGUGAGGAACAGGCCAAAUACUACGAACUUGCCAGGAAAGAACGGCAGCUGCACUCUCAGCUUUAUCCGGGCUGGUCUGCGCGAGACAACUACGGAAAGAAGAAGAAACGAAAGAGAGAGAAUAAACCUGAUUCCCCACAAGAGUGUAAGUGUCACUGGACAUCCGUAUUUCUUUCUCAAUUUCUGUAUGCAUGAUCUUUUGCUGAACUUGAGGUUUUUUUCCCCCCAGCAUCCCUGUUGGUCCGA